AAGUUCGGCCUCCAAUCAGCUAUUAGUUUCCUGUGUGAUAUAUUAACCGCUACAAUCCGUAGAAGUAAAAGGAAUGUUGUAAGUGGAACACGGCGAAUUUCAUUUCAUUUUAUUGCAGUAAUGUUUGGACUAACAAAAGGCCGAUAAGCCUCGCAUCUGCACGUGCGGCAAAAGUUUACCUUAAUAUUUGAACAGAUGGCCACGGGUCGGCUAUGUCCUGAGGUAAAGACGACGACAUGACAACGACUUUCACACCGUGGGUUAGUGACCUAGGAUCGGUCACUCCGGGGCCAUGAGGAGAAGCUACAGUGGCCUGCAAGGUGCCAGUGGGUACUUCUAAAUGAUGUCAUUAUCGCCAGCAUCCAAUAUCAAGUAUGACCUCCCUGGAUAUACAUUUAUCAAAUGUAAAUAGUUAUUUAUUCUGCAAAACUAUAGGUUAUAGUUUACAAGUAGUAUAGUGUUUAUGAUUGUUGAUUGUUCCUCCUUGUGGUAGGGUUUAUUGCUACAGUUAUCUCUCUAGAUCUGUUACGCUUUUUUCUGGGCUACUGAAGAAACGUCUUUGCAACCUGGUGGGCUCCAUAAAGAGGACCCUCCCUAUAUAUACACUGCACCUUUAAUAUAAUCACAGGUGAUGAUAACAAAAUCAGUUGACACACACCAGUCCCAAUGUGGGAGUGCUCCCAAAGGCUGGAAGGAGUUCACUGGUGGUCUACCUAUAUGCCUUCCCUGAAUGAGUCAUCCUACCGGCUCCUGAUUGGACAACGCCAUGCCAUCCCCAGGGAUUGCCUUGCAGAGGCAGAAAGGCCCAGCUUCCAUUCACAGAAACAUUGAGGGAGAAGCAAUACGUGCUUUCUUCUAUAUUUGCUAGGAAGCAGAGAGAGCGAGAGAGAGCGAGAGAGAGAGAGAGAGAGAGAGAGAGAGAGAGAGAGAGAGAGAGAGAGAGAGAGAGAGAGAGAGAGAGAGAGAGAGAGAGAGAGAGAGAGAGAGAGAGAGAGAGAGAGAGAGAGAGAGAGAGAGAGAGAGAUGUUGGGAGGGACUGCAGUGCGAAAUCUGCAGCAGAAGGAGCGAGGGAGCUGCUUAUGAAUGGAUAGUCGUUCUCCUCCGCUAGAUGCUCCCGGGGACAUUUCUACAUGAAUGGGGUCUGGACCCGCGCUCUCUAUCUCUGCUUUUCCGCCAUAAGGAGUCGGGGGGAUGAAGACGAGGCUUGGCCGCUGACGGCGUGAACGAGACUCCCCUUGCUUCUGGUUCUCUGCCGGCUGGUUUCAUUGACAUAUGUGCGCCCGGGAAACGUAUCGUGGGUAUUGUGUCGGCGCUCGAGGAGGUCUGGUUGCACGGAGAGGCUAAGGGGUUUAAUACCAGGACCUAGUGGAUCAUCAGUCUAUCGCAUGGUUCUUUCGGGUGUUAUUUCGGAGACGUUUAUCGGAAACUAUAUUGGUCUGUCGGCGCUCGCGGUUUGGCGUUUUUAUAAUCCUUUGUUGCAGAAUGUUGACAAAGGACUGAGAACAUGCUUAUGUAAACAGAAGAGGACAGACCAUGGUGUUUAGAUGAUGAUUUGUGGUUGUUAUGAUCGUUUUCAAGAUCCACAGAUGAAUAGAAUGGCGGAUAUUUUAGAGGUCCACCAAUUUAUGGAUUAAAAUACGAAGAUCGAAGGCCAGGAGUCAUUUCUUUCCUUUCCAUGGUUUUCCAUGGUUAGUGGUGUUAUUGGCUUUGGUCUGUUGCUAUGGUUUUGUUUCGUAUGUUUCCUAUUUUUUUCUUUUCUAGAUAUCUUCCCUUAUUAUCUUCCAUGGUGGCGUAUGUACGAGGUAUUUAAAUAGAAGCAUUUUAUUACAAAUUCAGAAAAGUCUGUUUGCGGUCGUUUUGAAGUCAUAUUUAUUUUAGCUGCGAUGCCAAAAGGGGCUAGUUGCACUAAAUCAUUUCACCAGGCUUAUUCAGGUGUUCAGUCAUUAUAGUUAGUUAAUGAAAACUGCAAUUCAUUCAUAAAAAAAAGCGUUUACCCUGGAUUGGAUUUCAAAGAAACUGCCAGGUUUAUUUGUGAAAUCGAUUGACUUGAUAACAGCGUAGCAUAUUAAUCUCAAAUGUUGCGAUAAAAUUCAACAUUAUGAAACACAAAAGCGUUUCUACAAUGGAUGAGAAAUAUCAGACUGGCAAAUUUGAGAAUUGAUUGGUUCUAGUGUGCUGUAUGUGGGAGGAUUUUUCUCUCUCUCUCUCUUUCUGUCUCUCUCUCCCUCUGUCUCUCUCUCUCUCUCGCCCUCUAACAGGAAGUGAAUUGCAGUGUUCAGCAAGCCUUUUGUUGAGCAGGUUUUUCUCAGAUCAGUGAGUCAUGCUUUAGCUCGGAGCAGGCAGGCAGGCAGCAGAUACCGUUUUCUCUUUCCCCGGCAGCAGCAAACCUUCGCCGGCCGAAUCCAUCAACAUCACUAACACGCAGCCCUUUUUCCUCUCUCCUCCCCUCUCUGGUCUCUUCUGUCCACGGAUCAAUAACAUUUGUAUCGUCGCCACGGAACAAAAACAAGCCAACUGUCCAUGUUGCGCUUAGAUUUUUUACUGCUAGGGUCUUGCGUUUGAGCCUUUCCCCUCCCCCCCCCCCCCCCCCGCCCCCCUACCUCUUCCCGAUUCUCUGUUUUUGUUUUUUGCGUUUAUUGAGUUAUUUUUCUUGGCUGAUGUGACUGACGGAUUCCGGACCGGACUGCAGCCUGUGGGUGGCGAGGAUUCUGAGGCUGAGCAGCGCAGGCGGCCGCUGUAUCGCGUCAACACAGGAGGGGGACAUUACGGUCAGGUGGCCCGUGUGAUUGCUGCGAGGCAUUGGCAGCCCGGUGCCACCGCUGCUAUGCUACAGAAGUGGGCAAGAAGUACCGCCGCUCAGACCACCCUGUCAAUACGCUCGUGAGAGAGAGAGGGAGAGAGAGAGAGAGAGAGAGGGGGGGGGACGGACGAGAGGGGGCAGGUUGCGCGUCGGUCCGCCGGAGGAGAGCGAACGAGCACAAAGAGCAAAAGAGAGCGCGGGAGCGGAGGGGAGAGCGAGAGAAGAGGGCAUGCUUCACCGUACCAAAUACAACCGCUUCAGGAAUGAGUCCGUAACGUCCGUCGAUGACCUCCUCCACGGCCUGUCCAUGAACCCCAAGGUGUCGGCAGCCCCCUCGCCAGCCUCCGCCGUGACGCCCUACACCGCCCCCGCCGAGGUCCACCCGUCCGCCGCCGCCUCGCCAUCCGCCGUCGGCAGCCAGGGCUCGGACCACCACCUGGACGGCGAUGGGGGCACCACCCUCUGCACCCUCAUCAAUAAGGUGUCGCACCUCAAGUUCAGCAACUCGGGCAGCCUGCUCGGCAUCAAGGGCCUGCCCUCGGCCGUCAAGGACCUGGCCGUGUCCAAGUUGCAGGUCGGAGGAGGCGGCGGUGGUUGUGGCGGCGGCGGCGGCGGCGGCGGGGGGUCAAGCCCCGGUGGGUCGGCAGCACACGUGGCAGCCCCCUGUGCGGCCGGCUCCAUGUGCAGCCACGGCUCCCCGGCAAGCGGCCCCGCCACCGGCAGCUCCGCCUGCACCGGCAGCUGCUCCCAGCUGGAGCCCGCCCCCGGGUGCAUGCACAAGAGGGGCAGGCCGGACGAGGCCCAGCCCGGCGCGGAGGACAGGACCCCGGGUCGAGGUGGCGCUGGAGGUACGGGCGCCGCCGCCACCACCGUCACCACCACCGCCGCCGGGCUGGUCAGUAAACCCCCCAGAGGGUGGCUUCACUCCAGUGAGAAGAUCUCUGGGCCUGGAGUUACAUAUAUCGUCAACUACCUUGGUUGCAUAGAAGUGCUACGGUCAAUGAGGUCCCUGGAUUUCACAACCAGAUCACAAAUAACACGGGAGGCCAUCAGCCUGGUAUGCGAGGCGGUUCCAGGGACAAAAGGAGCCCCGCGGAAGAGAAAGCCUCCUUCCAAAGCCCUGUCCAACAUCCUGGGGAAGAGCAACCUCCAGUUUGCCGGCAUGUCCAUCAACCUCAACAUCUCCACCAGCAGCCUGAACCUGAUGACCCCCGACUCCAAGCAGAUCAUCGCCAACCACCAUAUGCAGUCCAUCUCCUUUGCAUCGGGCGGGGACCCAGACACGACAGAUUACGUUGCCUACGUCGCCAAGGACCCGGUGAAUCGAAGAGCGUGUCACAUCCUGGAGUGCUCCGACAGUCUGGCCCAGGACGUGAUCAGCAGCAUCGGACAGGCCUUCGACCUUCGCUUCCAGCAGUACCUUCAGUGUCCCUCCAGCAAGCCCUCUUUAACGCACGACAGGGUGCUGAACAUGGAAGAGUUCCCGUGGACGGAGGAGGAGGAGGAGCCGGCGGAGCACCCGUACUACAACAACAUCCCCGGGAAGAUGCCCCCACCCGGGGGCUUCAUCGACUCCAGACUGGCCGGCCAGGGCGGGGCGUCUGACGGAGGCCAGACGGGCUCCGGCUCCGUGGACCCCGCGUACUACCAGGGACGCCACUGUGGAGAGAGCUGGGGCGAGGAGAAGACCCCCUCGCUCGUCACUCAAGGGUCGACGGACACAUACAGCCUCCCGGAGGCUAAGGGCCAGGCGUCCAAGGCGGGGGAGAUGCCCACGUACGUCAACACCCAGCAGAUCGACGCCCAGGUGCUGGCCGUGCUGCAGGCGGAGGCGGACCACGCCUCGGACCCCAAGAUCAGCCCGCAGAAGGACCUCUUUGACAUGAAGCCCUUCGAGGACGCCAUCCACUCCCAGCCGCCGCCCUGCCACCCCGGGGCGGGCCAGCCGCUGCCCCCGGCCUGCUGCUCCGCCGCCGCGCUCCACAAGGCCUCCUCGGUGGACAACUGCAGCCCCCUGCUGGCGCGCGCCGUGGCCCCCCGGGGCCAGGAGGAGCUGGGGGGCCAGGCCUGGUACCACGGCCAGAUGAGCCGGCGGGACGCCGAGAAGCUGCUGCGGGACGACGGGGACUUCCUGGUGCGCAAGAGCACCACCAACCCGGGUUCCUACGUGCUGACGGGCAUGCACCACGGGCUGGCCAAGCACCUGCUGCUGGUGGACCCCGAGGGGACGGUAAGGACAAAAGACCACAUAUUUGACAGCAUCAACCACCUGAUUGGACACCAUCGCGAUAACAGUCUGCCAAUCGUAUCGGCCGGAAGUGAACUGUGUCUCAAACAGCCGGUCGGGAGGAAAUAGUGACUCUAUAACAGACCCGGAGUCUACGAACAAUAGAAACCGUCAACUUGAAACUUGAAGAUUACAUUGAACAGAGAAGAUGUGAUAUUUUGUUUGAUGGCUCAAUGGGUUUUGGGGAGGGGAUGCAAAAACAGCCCGCAGUUCUUCAAUGGAGGCUUUGGACGAAGCAGGAUUGUUUAAGAUAAAAAUGAUUUAUAGAACUGUUAUUAUUUUGUUGUGAAGACUGAAAUGCUAUAUUUUUGAAAAGAUAUAUAGGUGCAUUUGGACAUAAUAUGUUGAUUUGGCGUUUUGAAAUGUAAAGAAAAAAACUCAAGCAACUGUUCUUGUAGUUUUGGUGAAACGCAAUUCAAACCUCAAAGAGGUGGGGGAAGAGUAUUUUAGAAUAAAAAAAACAAACCCAAUUUCUUUUUUUUUCUGUCAAGCACAACCACGUUUUUACAGGUACUGUUGGCUAAGAGUUUGAAAAAAAUAUACUGAAAUUGUUUGAAAAACAUACUGUUUGUAUCAAAACUAUUUUAGGACAAAAAAAUCUCCUUUAAGCCCAGCAAUAGUGCAAACAGCUCAAUGAAUCAGUCACUAUAUCCAAUCGUUUUUUUUGGUUUUAUCGGGGAGUAGUCGAGAAUGUUGCUUUGCAGUAUUAGUCACAAAGUGUUGGGGAUGGUACACCAACAUCCUUCAUAGUGCUGUCAAUGGCUUUAAAGAUUAAUGACGUUUUUUCUGUUUUUUAAAUGAAGUACUCUCUUGUGUCACUACGGUCGCAUGACUUGAAAAAUGUGUUCACGUGGACAUUGUUCAUAAACCUUGAUGCCCUUUUUCUCCAGAAGAGGUGCCUGCGUAUGCUCACACUGUAAAAUAUCUAUGCUUUCAAAGGAUAAUUCUUUCACGAUUGGUUUUUAUCUGGAUUGUUUUCAAUAGGUGUGUAGUAAAUAAUUCGUUUUUUUUCUCGGGGCUUGAGUCAUGCAAAUGGGUGUUUUCACGCAUCCCUAAUUAGCGUUUCUGGCUUUAUCGUGACGUUUUAAAAGAAGAGUUUAUGAUUUGAUGAAUGGUCACAAAGGAAUAGCACAAUCUGAAACCUUAGAUCAUCUGUGUGAGUCGCACCGUGACGACUCACACCAAUGUGUUCAGCAGUGAUUUACAAUAUAUACUAAAGAGACUGAUUCAGACAAAUCUUGUUGAUUAUUUCACUUUGUGCGCCCUCAAUUAAGAAUGUUGAAUAUUAGAUCACUUUCACUUAAAGUUGUAAAAAGAAAUAUGGAUUAGAAAUGGUUAUUUUGUUAUUGUUUUUUUAUUUGAUUUAGUGUGUGAACAUCUUCUAUUGGCAUCCCCAAAUUGGUAAUGUUUAUUAUCUUGCUUUAACCCCCUUUCUUCGUACGUUUAAAAAGUCAAAAAUGUAAGCAGUAUUGUUUCUGGUUAUAUUUGACUUCCAUCUUUGGAACGACCUCAAUCUUGGCCAACAAUGUGUUGAUUGAAACGCAUCGUGCACAUUAGGAAACUAACUGUAGUUUGACUAAACAUGGGGUGCCCUUUGGAAUGAGCUUGCAAUGUAUUAUUCAACAAUUCAUUUUCCUUCAACCAUUCAUUCAACCAAUUUUGAGGACAGUUUUAUUUUUCUCAUGCUUUAUACGAAUUAGGUAUUGAGUUUAAUAUGCACUGGACAAGUAAAAUUGAACCAAAAUCGGUGUGUGUGUUCAAUACGUUUGACAAGACGGAUGCAAUGUUCUUUAAUGUACCUGUAUUUUGCUGCAAGAUAAAGUACGUGCAUCACCCAAAAAAACUAAAUGACACAUCUUCAGAGGGAUUACACUAUUUUGAGAUGACUUAUAGGAACUAUUUCCACACAAUCUUAACACCUUACACCUGGCUAAAGUUUCCUCCUGAGAGGGGAAUGUUCCUAAAAGGUUCCUUUAGAGGAAAGUUCCUUCAAUGUUCCUUAGAGCAAAGUUUAUUCAGAGGAAAAUUCCUUCAAGGAUCCUUGCAAGAAAGUUCCUUCAAUGACCCUCAGAGGACAGUUACUUCAGAGUUCCUUAGAGGAAAGUUCCUUCAAUGACCCUUGUGGAAGGUUACUUAGAGAUCCUCAGAGGAAAGUUCCUUUAAGGAUACUUAAAGAAAGAGUACUUCAGAGUUUCUUAGAGUUAAGUUCCUUUGAGGAUCUUUAGAGGAUGGUUACUUCAGAGCUCCUUAGAGGAAAGUUCCUUCAAGGAUACUUAGAGGAAGGUUGCUUCAAAGUUCCUUAGAGUAAAGUUCCUUUGAGGGUCUUUAGAGGAGAGUUCCUUUGGGAUCCUCCUUAGAGAAUAAAUCCUUCAGAGGAAAAUUCCUUCAACGAUCGUUGGGUUAAAAUGUAUUCACAGAAAAUGAGAGGAAAGUUCCUUCAAUAUUCCUUAGAGGAAGGUAAUUUGUGUUUGUGACAGAGCCCUACACUGGGCUGCUCCUCUUAUGUUUUGUUGACUAGAAACCACUGUAACCACAGUUACGAUCAAUAGAAUAUAUUUUCUAGAAAACGAGAACACAAGCUCAACUAACUCCUUGGUGACAGCUGUCAAUCAGACCCCUGACCAGAGCCAUGGCCUGAUGCCAACACACUUCGGUCUAUUUAGAUUGAUGCCUAUUUUUAUGAAGAACAUAGCAUUUAUACACAUAUAUAUAUAUAUAUAUAUAUAUAUAUAUAUAUAUAUAUAUAUAUAUAUAUAUAUAUAUAUAUAUAUAUAUAUAUAUAUAUAUAUGCAAGGUUUGAAAUAGGAAUGAAGUAUCUUGCAGGACCAACUCUCUACUUGAAUAACUUGAAUAUUUAUGAAGAUCAGAAGUAUGUGUGGGGGGAGGGGGGCACACGCCGUACACAACCAAACAAGAUAUUUAAACUGUAAGACAUUUGUUAUUUUCUUCUCCAGAUUUCAGUUGAUGAAAAUGUGCCUUUUAUUUGUACCAGGUGUUUUAAUUUAUUUAUUUAUUCAUCUCUCUCUCUCUCUCUCUCUCUCUCUCUCUCUCUCUCUCUCUUUCUCUCUCUCUUUAAAGUGCAAUAGCUGAUCCUCAAUGGGGCAUGCCUGUUCACGAGAGGCUUUGUUUUGCCCUGCUGCGUGUUGCUGCUUGAGACCUCAAUUUUAUCUCUCUCUAUCUCUCCCUCUCUCUCUGUCUCUAUCUCUAGUUCUAUUUAUUUCUCUAUUAUAUAUAAUAAAUGUAUAAUUUCCCAAAUUCUAGAUAUCAACCUUUGUCAGAGGGAUUUACACAAAGUACACUUAUUUUGGGGAAAAGCUGAAGAAAAUGAAAAUAAAAAAUAUUAAAAUAACAAAAACAACGGAAUAUGUCCAAAUGAUGUUUACAAAUUUAAUCUUUUGGUUUUAUGGGUUAAUCAUUAUUAUGUAUGACUGUUGGCAAUAAAAUCGUGAAUGUGCAA